AUGGCGGCAUCUACUUUAACUACAAAUUCUGGAUAUUUGUCUAGAAUUGAGCCCCUAACUGGUACAAACUUCAACAUUUGGAGAGAUCAAGUGAAAUUGACUCUUGAAGUUAUGGAUCUUGAUCAUGCUUUGAGACUAGAACGAUAUGCUGCCCUCACCGACAAAAGUUCGCCGGAUGAAAAGAGGGCAUAUGAAUUAUGGGAUCGGUCAAAUAGAAUGUCUAUCAUGAUCAUUAAAAAUUCCAUUUAUGUUGCCAAUGGAGGAGCCAUCUCUGACUCCGAAGAUGCCAAGACAUACCUUAACUCCAUGGAGGAUCAAUUUAAAGGGACUUCAAAGGCCUAUGCAAGUACCUUGAUCCUCAAAAUGUUGACUACUAAGUACAAUGGGGGCAGUGGUGUGCAUGAGCACAUAAUGAUGAUGAGUGACAUGGCAAACAAACUCAAAAGUAUGGACAUGGAUUAG